ACGCUCUUCACGGAGAUGGACACGCUGCAGCGCGACGGCGAGGACAUGGAGUGGAAGGAGUCGGCCAGGUGGAUAAAGUUCGAGGAGAAGGUGGAGGAGGGAGGCGAGCGGUGGAGCAAGCCCCACGUGUCGACGCUGUCCUUGCACAGCCUGUUCGAGCUGCGGACGUGCCUGCAGACGGGGACGGUGCUGCUCGACUUGGACGCCUACUCCCUGCCCCAGAUCAUAGACGACGUGGUGGAGAAGCAGGUGGAGGACGGGCUGCUCAAGCCCGAGCUGCGGGAGAAGCUCAGCUACGUGCUCCUGCGGCGCCACCGCCACCAGACCAAGAAGCCCAUCCACCGUUCCCUGGCCGACAUCGGCAAGUCCGUCUCCUCCGGCACGACCCGCAGCCCCGUGCGGAGCCCGGCCGCCGGCGCCAGCUUCCACCGCUCCACCGAGGACCUGCGGAUGCGGCAGAGCGCGAGCUACGGCCGCCUGCGCCACGCGCAAAGUCGCAGCAUGAACGACAUCUCGGACGUGCCGAGCACGGACCAGCUGAAGAACAAGUUCAUCAAGAAGAUCCCCAAAGACGCAGAGGCCUCCAACGUGCUGGUGGGCGAAGUGGACUUCCUUGACAAGCCCUUCGUGGCCUUCGUGCGCCUCCUGCAGGCCACGAUGCUGGGCGGGGUGACGGAGGUGCCCGUCCCCACGAGGUUCCUCUUCAUCCUCCUGGGCCCCACAGGAAAAGCCAAAUCCUACAACGAGAUCGGCAGAGCCAUUGCGACCCUCAUGGUGGACGAUCUCUUCAGCGACGUCGCCUACAAAGCCCGGGACAGGGAAGACCUGAUCGCCGGCAUAGAUGAGUUUCUGGACGAAGUUAUCGUCCUACCACCCGGCGAGUGGGAUCCCACCAUCCGGAUAGAGCCGCCCAAGAAAGUGCCCUCGGCCGAGAAGAGGAAGUCGGUGUUCUCGCUGAAUGAAGCGGGGCAGAUGAACGGCACGGCCGGUGGGGCAGCCGCCGGCAGCGGCGGCGGCGGCGGCGGAAGCGACGAUGGAGAGAUGCCUGAAGUGCACGAGAUCGGGGAAGAGCUCGCGUGGACCGGCAGGUUCUGCGGCGGUCUCUAUUUGGACAUCAAGAGGAAGCUGCCCUGGUUCCCGAGCGAUUUCUAUGAGGGCUUUCAUAUCCAGUCCAUCUCUGCCAUCCUCUUCAUUUACCUGGGCUGCAUCACGAACGCCAUCACAUUCGGGGGGCUGCUCGGGGACGCCACGGACAACUACCAGGGGGUCAUGGAGAGCUUCCUCGGCACGGCCAUGGCAGGCUCCAUGUUCUGCCUCUUCGCCGGGCAGCCGCUCAUCAUCCUGAGCAGCACCGGGCCCAUCCUCAUCUUUGAGAAGCUGCUCUUCGACUUCAGCAAAGGCAACGGCAUCGACUACAUGGAGUUUCGCCUCUGGAUCGGCUUGCACUCCGCCCUCCAGUGCCUUAUCCUGGUGGCCACGGACGCCAGCUUCAUCAUCAAGUACAUCACGCGCUUCACGGAGGAAGGCUUCUCCACCCUCAUCAGCUUCAUCUUCAUCUACGACGCCAUCAAGAAGAUGAUCGGCGCCUUCAAGUACUACCCCAUCAAUUCGGACUUCAAGCCCGACUACGUGACCAUGUACAAGUGCGAGUGCGUCGCGCCCGACCCAGCGAACGCGACCUUGUUCGACGCUCCAGCGCCGGUGGCACCGAACGCCACCAACGCGUCUCUGUACAAUGCUAUUAACCUAACAGCUCUGGACUGGACGCAGCUGAGCAAGAAGGAGUGUCUGAAAUACGGCGGCAGCCUCGUGGGGAAAUCCUGCAAGUUCGUGCCGGACCUGGCCCUCAUGUCCUUCAUCCUCUUCUUCGGCACCUACUCCAUGACCCUGACGCUGAAAAAGUUCAAGUUCAGCCGCUAUUUUCCCACCAAGGUCAGGGCCUUCAUUGCCGAUUUUUCCAUCGUCUUCUCCAUCCUGCUCUUCUGCGCGGUAGACGCCUGCUUUGGACUGGACACCCCUAAGCUGCACAUCCCCGGUAUCAUCAAGCCCACCCGGCUGGACCGCGGCUGGUUCGUCUUCCCCUUCGGCAAGAACCCGUGGUGGGUGUACCUGGCCAGCGCCCUGCCGGCCUUGCUCGUCACCAUCCUCAUCUUCAUGGACCAGCAGAUCACGGCUGUCAUCGUCAACCGCAAAGAGCACAAGCUGCGGAAAGCGGCGGGCUACCACCUGGACCUCUUCUGGGUGGGCAUCCUCAUGGCCGUGUGCUCCUUCAUGGGGCUGCCCUGGUACGUGGCGGCCACCGUCAUCUCCAUCGCCCACAUCGACAGCCUCAAGAUGGAGACGGAGACGAGCGCCCCGGGCGAGCAGCCGCAGUUCCUGGGCGUGAGGGAGCAGAGGGUGACGGGCAUCAUCGUCUUCGUGCUGACGGGUAUCUCCGUCUUCCUGGCGCCCAUCCUGAAGUACAUCCCCAUGCCGGUGCUCUACGGCGUCUUCCUCUACAUGGGCGUCGCGUCGCUCAACGGCAUCCAGUUCUGGGAGCGCUGCAAGCUCUUCCUCAUGCCGGCCAAGCACCAGCCCGACUACGUCUUCCUGCGGCACGUGCCGCUGCGGCGCAUCCACCUCUUCACCCUGGUGCAGAUCGUCUGCCUGGCCGUGCUCUGGAUCCUCAAGUCCACCGUGGCGGCCAUCAUCUUCCCCGUGAUGAUCUUAGCCCUGAUCCUCGUGCGGAAGCUGCUGGACUUUGUCUUUUCCCAACACGACCUGGCCUGGAUCGAUAACAUCAUCCCCGAGAAGGAGAAGAAGAAGGAGGACGACAAGAAGAAGAAGAAGAAGGGCCCCAAGGGCGACAGCAGCAGCGACGAAGAGGAAAGAGGUCCUCCGCCUGGAGCUUUGCGUUCCGAUUCCUCGCCCAACGGUUCAGACCUGGAUCGCAGCAUCACGCUGCACCUGAAGAUUUCCUGCCCGUCGUCUCCCGCCUUUAACUACUCCCGAAACCCGCUCUGCGCCGUGCCCCAGGUGAAGAUCGAGAUGGAGUCGGACUACGAGGACACCGACACGGAAAAGCAGCCUCGGGACAUGGGCAGCGAGACCACGCUAUAG